AUGAUUGCAAACCCUAAAAACACGGCCAAGCAUAGUCCAGUUCUCAAAGGGCGAUGGAAUACUUGCAUGAUGACGACGACGAUUAUGAAUUGGCCCCCUUCUUUGAAUCCGCUAGCUAAUUUGCUUCAUUCCGUGAUUGAUUUCCCUAUAAUCGUAUCGUUACUUCGAAACAGUCAUCGUAGUUCUACGAUUGCUCCGCUUCAUUCUCUAAGGCAUUGCGAGGAAAUCGACCGAGAAAAUGACCUUGCUCUAUACGAUGAAUUGGUUUCCUUCAAUAAAUUUGCUCAUCGCCAACCUCUCCCCUCCAUUAAAGACUUUUGCAAGUUAUUAACUCGUAUCGUUAAGAUGAAUCACUACUCCGUUGUUAUCUCACUUGUUCAACGGUUAGACGUGUUAGGAGUAAAAUCCGACAUUUAUGCAUUCAACAUCGUCAUCAACUGUUUCUGUCACCUAAACAGAGUAGAUUUUGGCCUCUCUGUAUUUGGUAAAGCCUUGAAACGUGGUUUCGAACCUGAUUAUGCUACAUUCAACACUUUGAUCAGGGGACUUUGUGCUGAUGGCAGCCUUGAUCAAGCACACAAACUGUUCGACCAAAUGCUAGAGAGUGGCUUCAAGCCUAACAUCGUAACUUAUGGGACAUUGAUAAAUGGGAUGUGCAAAUUGGGAAACACUACUGAUGCUAUUAUCCUUCUCAGAAAGAUAGAAGAAGAAUCACCAGGCGUUAUCAUCUAUAGCACCAUCAUACACACCCUUUGCAAAAACAGGCAAGUUACCCAUGCUUUGCAUCUUUUCCAAGAAAUGACUGAGAAAGGCAUAACCCCAAAUGCUGUGACUUAUCUCUGCCUGAUGCAGGGGUUAUGUAGUUCUGAAUUACCUCAACUUGCCAAAAGAUUGUUAGAUGACAUGUUAGCUCGAAACAUCUCACCAAAUUUGCAGGCUUUUAACGUGUUAAUAAAUGCAUUAUGUAAACUAGGGUUAGCAACCGAAUCACAUAAUUUCCUUGCUUUCAUGAUUGAAAAAGGAAUGCUUCCCAAUACAACCACCUACAACACUUUGAUAAAAGGGUAUUGUUUGAUUCAAAGAUUAGAUAAAGCUAAGCACUUAUUUAAUUACAUGAGUACACAAGGUUGUGAUCAUGAUGUUGUUAGCUACAAUGUUUUGAUCAAUGGAUACUGUAAGAAUCAAGAGAUAGAUGAAGGAUUAACACUACUAAAGGAAAUGUCCAAACAAAAGAUUGAUCCUAAUGUAGUUACAUACACCACAAUUAUCCAUGGUCUAUGUCUUGUUUCCAAACUCGAGGACGCACUUGUAAUUUUUCAUAAAAUGCAAGAUUGUGGACACACUGCUAAUGUUGUUACUUACAGUACUUUGAUAGAUACACUAUGCAAACAUGAAAGAGUUAAUGAGGCUUUAGAUUUGUUUAAACUAAUGGAUGAUAGACACGUGGCGCCUGAUGUGUUUACUUUUACUAGCAUCGUUGAUGGGUUGUGUAAAGUUGGGGAAAUUGAUGCUGCAAAUGAUUACUUUCUAGAACUUUCUUGUAGAGGGUUACAACCGAGUGUGUGUACAUAUACUGCAAUGAUUGGUGGGUUUUGUAGGAAUAGGAGAUUAGAUGAAGGAGAAGAGUUGUUUUUGAAAAUGGAGGAGAGUGGUUGUGUGCCAAAUGUUCAUACUUAUACUGUUAUGAUCAAUGGGUAUUGUAGAAAUGGGAAAGUUGAUGAAGCAAAUGAGUUGUUUGUAAAGAUGAAGGAGAGUGGUUGUUUGCCAGAUAGUUGUUUGAUUAAUAGUAUUAUUCAGGGGUUUCUUUUACAAAAUGAGAUAACAAAGGCGAUUCAGUAUGUUGACAUUUUGAGGGAGAAUGGGUUUUCGUUAGAUGUGUAUACGGAAGCUUUGUUGCAAAACUUUCAGUGUUGUGUGAUGUUAGAACAUUCAUCUAAGAAAGGGUUUGAGAGUUUUUCUCAAUAG